UGACUGAAACAAUCCCGCAGAUAAUGUAGCUUCCCAAAAAUGGCGGCAGCUCAAAACCAACAACAACAGAGGGGUCGAGUCCAGGUGGUUAGAUCAUCCCUGCCAUACCAAAUACUUCUCUACCUCAAUGGAUGGUAUUUUGCAUUUUUCUUCAUUGCCGAAAUUCUAAUCUAUGUAUUUAAAGGUGAGACAUUGCCGUAUGCCACCAAUACACUGGCGGCAGAGGUGAUUCUGGUCUUCCUACUGGCUGGAGUCGAGGCACUUCGACUGUUCUUCGGUCAAAAGGGCAACCUAACAGAACAGACUGUUGGUGUCAUCGUGUGUGUUCUGCUGAGUAUCCCUGCUCUGUUUGGGGCUCUGUUCAUUAUACUGUGGCAGACAUAUGUGCUCCGGGUGGAGGUGAUACUGGCAGCCAUACAACUAGCUCUCAUAGGAUUGGAGCUUAUCUUCAGCAUAAUCUCCAUCAUCACAUUUGCCAGAUCCUGAGGUGUCUUCCAAUUGUGAGCCAGACUGAUGUGCAUGUGCAGGUGGAUGGCAGGGGGAGGACAUUCCAUUAUAUCCGUCCAGUAUACAAUGUAUGGUGUACCUGAUGUUGCUGCUACAAGGACAGGUUGUGGACAGUUUAUGGUCAUCAUUCCAUUGAGAUAACAUCAAGGCCUCGGAGAUCACUGUCAUUCAUUCUCAAUAAUCUGAGGAAGUCAAUAUUUGAAAAGUCACUACUUUGUACUCAUUAUUUGUCACCGUGGGCAACAUGAUUUCUAAGGCCACAUUGUGUAUAUUUUAUGAUUUUGCAGAUUAACUUGGGAAGUUUAAUAUAAAAAUUGAAAUCAAUUUGUGAAUAUGUAUAUCAGAAGUUCUUGUUUUGUUCUUUGUAUUAGAUUUUUCAAAUCACCAGUGAGUAUGUUGUUCCUUUUAUACUUUUACUGCUGAUUAUAUUGUCAAUUGAAGACAUAUACAAAAAUUCAAGUAUUUUGCUUGGUGACUUUUUGUUGUGGUCAGUUGAACUAUAAACAUCAAGUGUAUUGUAAAUUGUGUUUACAUUUGUACAUACUUCAUCAGACAUCCCUCCAGCUAUACUUGUAGCUCUGUUUCAAGAAGUGUCAUAAUCUCAGAGGUGUGCCAACCCAGAAAGCAGGCGAGAAACAGUGACGGUUGCAUAUUCUACGCAACUGACUACAACAUACUUUUCUGACUAUCUGUUAGCAUGGUUAGUGUACAAUUUAAAUAAUGUACCUGUUUAAUAAACUACUUUUAUAUGUU